UCAUUACCAUUCUCAUAUCUUCAUUAAAAAAAAAAAAGAGUUAGGAAUAAGGAUUUGUUUAUCUUUUUGUUAUAUUCUCUAAAGUGUUUUUUUGGCUAAUUUUUGUUGAUUCUUUUUAAUUUCAUAUGCAGAUGCAAUUAUGGUUUUGUGGUUUUAUUGUUUUUGUGAUCUCUAACUAGAUCUUAGAGCAGAUUCUGGUUGUCAGUGAUUAGCUUAUUUGUUUUAUUAAUUAACUUAAUCUAACACAGCACUAUCAUUUAUUUGAAUGGUUAUACCUUUUACAUUAUUUAAAUACAAAUUACUGUUGGUGUCAAUUUCGGAGGGUUCUUGGUGGGAUAAAAUAUUGUAGUAAUUAUUAGGAAGCAUUUGUCUUAUCACUAUAGUAAUUUUGAACAAUGAAGGCGUUAUUAUCAUGUGGGGUAGUGAUGGAUGGUGGUGAUUCUGAAAUUUCAGUAGGAUGUGUAUUUGUUGUUGUGUUGUUUUCAACUCUCCAAUAACAAUAAGGCCAUAGAUGGAGCCAACUGGGGAUAAAGUGGACUAGUCCCUUUAAGGACCAUUAUUCUUUGCCUUGGUAGAAAAAGGAAAUACAAAAUGCCCUACUGCGUCUCUACUCUGUACAAUGUACUCUCUCUCUCCACCUUGAAGGAAAAGUGCUGUCUGCUCAGCAUAACUCCACUUUUCCACACACAAAUAUUUCCAUCUCUCUCUUUUUGAUGAUCGUUUUCGUAAAAGCCUGUGAACCGUUGAUUGAAAACCUGUUCGAUAUGCCUGACAUCGAUGGAACUAGGGCAAGGCCAUGCCAUUUUCACAGCAGAAUGCUCCCAUUCUUUCCACUUUCACUGUAUAGCUUCUAAUGUAAAACAUGGAAAUCAGAUUUGUCCAGUUUGCAGAGCAAAAUGGAAGGAAAUACCCUUUCAGAGGCCUGCUUCUCAUCUUCCCAAUGGAAAAUCAAGAAUCAAUCCAGCAGAUUGGCCCCGGGAUGACGCCUGGGCUGUUAGACGCCUACCUUCCCCUAGGUUAGAUUCAACUAGGCACGUUUCUUCACUAUUCCAAGUCUCUGAGCCAGGAACCUUUGAUGAUGAUGAAGUCCUCGAUCAGCAGCAAGAGAAUCCUCAACAAAAUGUCUUUGAAAAGGAUGCUUCGAAGAAUAAUUCCAUUGGAGGAAUAGAAGUUAAGACAUAUCCCGAAGUUUCAGCCGUUCCAAGAGCUAACAGUCACAAUAACUUUGCCAUACUAAUCCAUCUCAAGGCUCCCCACACAAGUGGAGGGCUAAAUAGCAGAGACCAAACUAUAUUUUCCCCCUCAACUCAAAAUUCUCGUGCCCCAGUUGACCUUGUCACUGUCCUUGAUGUUAGUGGUAGCAUGGCCGGUACCAAGCUUGCAUUGCUAAAACGAGCUAUGGGUUUUGUGAUACAGCACCUUGGAUCCUCCGACCGUCUGUCUGUAAUAGCAUUCUCUUCCACAGCCCGUCGCCUCUUUCCUCUUCGUCGGAUGACUGAGACCGGACGGCAAGAAGCGUUGCAGGCUGUUAACUCUCUUACUUCAAAUGGUGGGACAAAUAUUGCUGAAGGGCUUAGGAAAGGUGCGAAGUUGAUAGUAGAUCGGAAGUGGAAGAACCCGGUUGGAAGCAUCAUACUGUUAUCGGAUGGGCAGGAUACUUAUACUGUCUCAAGUCCUAGUGGAUCUCAUUCCCAGACCGAUUAUAAAUCACUUAUUCCUCCCUCGAUUCAGCGCAAUGGUGGGACAGGUCUCCGUGUCCCUGUGCACACCUUCGGGUUUGGUGCAGAUCAUGAUGCUGCUUCAAUGCAUUCGAUUUCUGAAAUAUCUGGGGGCACCUUUUCUUUCAUAGAAGCCGAGGGUGUCAUCCAAGAUGCUUUUGCUCAAUGCAUUGGAGGGCUUUUAAGUGUGGUAGUGCAGGAGGCAUGCGUUAAACUGGAGUGUGCUCACCCAAACUUGCUAAUCAAUUCGAUAAAGGCUGGGAGUUAUCGAACCAGUGUGACGGCUGAUGCUAAAGCUGGUUCUGUUGAUGUAGGAGACUUGUAUGCUGAAGAAGAACGAGACUUUUUGGUGACAGUCAAUGUUCCAGUAGAUGAAUCCUGUGAUGAGAUGUCAUUGCUGAAGGUUAGAUGUAUUUACAGAGACCCCAUAUCAAAGGAAAUGGUGUCAUUGGAAGAAGACAAUGAAGUAAAGAUCCAGAGGGCAACAGUAAUAGGACAGCCAAUAGUGUCAAUGGAGGUAGACAGGCAGCGAAACAGGCUCCGCGCUGCAGAGGCAAUGGCUGAGGCAAGAGCCGCUGCUGAGCAUGGUGAUCUAACUGGUGCAGUCUCUCUGCUCGAGAGUUGUCGCAGGGCUUUAUCAGAAACAAUUUCUGCACGGUCUGGUGACAGGCUAUGUGUUGCAUUGUGUGCUGAGCUAAAGGAGAUGCAAGAAAGAAUGGCAAACCGUCGUGUGUAUGAGUCAUCUGGAAGGGCUUAUGUUUUGUCAGGUUUGAGCUCACAUUCCUGGCAAAGAGCGACUGCACGAGGCGAUUCCACCGAUAGUACAAGCCUGGUUCAAGCUUACCAGACCCCUACCAUGACAGACAUGGUGACUCGUUCCCAGACCAUGUUCUUUGGGAACCCACCGCAGCGAAAGCUUCGACAAGCUCAGUCAUUCCCAGCCCGUCCACACCCAAGGUAAACGUAAGCUUCUUUGACAAGCUCAGCUCAGUCCAUUCCCAUCAUGUCCACAGCCAAGGUAAAUCAUUGGCGAAGUCUUGGAAAAUUAUCCUCAACCUAUCAUUUCCUAUAUCCAAUAACCUUUUUGUGUUGUGGAAAAUUUGCAUUUUAAUUUUUGUGGCUUGGGGAAAGCAGGGUGUAAACUGGAGUAAUAGAAAGAAACGAGGCUCGGUGUCUUUUUCAACUGGUGGGUAUAUUUUCUUGUUCUGAUAUGUGAAGUAAUAAAAACUUGUAGACCAUUGAAAUGACUGGUUCGGGAUUGGGAGAUUAAUGGAGGUGAGAAAAAGGGAGAAUCUGGGAGUUUAGUUGUUUACCUAUUUUGAUAAUGGAGCAUUGUACAUAGGGAGCAAUGGUUUCCUUUGUCCUCAAAACAAGGUAUAGCCAUGUAAUUGUGGGAUACUUUGGGGUGAAUUCUUCACUAAAUAUAUAUGAUAUGGUGGUGGUAUAUCUGUUUUUUAUUCUUUUCCACAACUUUUUUGUAUUACUCUUUGAGAAUUUGCUUGAAAACAAAAAGCCAGCCAUGUUUAAUUCA